CUUUUUUUUGUUGUUGUUUUAUUCACCCACAUCGCACCUCUUGUCGCUAUGGGUAAGGGUCGUCGUAUGAAGAAGCAGGGCCCUCCGGCCCCUCUUGAUGAGUCCAAGAUUACUAUGCUUAAGAAGCGCAAGGCUGGUGAGACUGGUAAGGCGGAAGCGGGCAAGAAGCGGAGGAGAGCCGAAGUUGAGGAGGAGCCUCUGAAGGAAGCACCGAAGAAGAAGGCUAAUGCGACGGUUAAUGGCAAGAGCAAAAAGGUUGCUACUGUACCUGAGCGUAAAACCAAGAAGCAGGUUGUGGAAAAGAAGAAGCCAACGUUCAUGGAUUCGAGCGACGAGGAGGAAGAUGAGGAAAUGUCGGGCCUUGACAACGAGGAAAUGCCGGAUGAUGAAUUUGAUGAUCUUGAUGGUGUCAGCGAUGGUUCAAUGGGCAGCGAAGUUGAGGAUGAUAACUCGGUUAUGGAUUCGGACGACGACGACCACCCACGGCAAGCUAUGUUCUCCGACGACGAAGAUCUUUCCGAUGCGGAAGAGAAGUUGACAGCAGCAAACAUUGAGGGAUUGUCCCGGAAACUCGACUUGGAGAAGGAGGCUGAAGAGGAAGAGGCAGAGCGUGAAUUGCAGGAAUCCGCCUUGCAGACAAAUAUCGCCGGUGACCGUCCAGAUGUGUUUGCCGACGCUGAAGGUGCUGGCCAAAACUUGGCUCCUGACCUGCAACUCCUCCGUACAAGAAUAACGGACACUAUUCGUAUUCUGGGCGACCUUAAAACGCUAGGCCAGCCUGGAAAGUCCCGUGCCGAUUACACACAGCUGCUUCUGGGCGAUAUCUGCACCUACUAUGGAUACACACCGUACCUCGCAGAGAAGCUGUUCAAUCUUUUCACACCUAUGGAGGCUUUUGCCUUCUUCGAAGCUAACGAGACCCCGCGUCCUGUCGUCAUCCGUACCAACACAUUGCGCACGAACCGUCGCUCUCUGGCCCAAGCUCUCAUCAACCGAGGCGUGGUGCUCGAGCCCGUCGGAAAAUGGUCCAAGGUCGGUCUUCAAGUCUUCGAGUCUGCUGUUCCUCUGGGUGCUACUCCGGAGUAUCUGGCUGGUCAUUACAUCCUGCAAGCUGCAUCCUCCUUCCUUCCCGUCAUGGCCUUGGCCCCCCAACCUAACGAGCGAGUACUCGAUAUGGCAUCUGCCCCCGGUGGUAAGACUACAUACAUCUCGGCAUUGAUGCGCAACACCGGCUGCGUGAUCGCCAACGAUGCCAGUAAACCCCGUGCCAAGGGUUUGAUCGGUAACAUUCACCGUCUCGGAUGCAAGAACACCAUCGUUACUAACCUCGAUGCCCGUCACGCAUUCCCCAAGGCUAUGGGUGGUUUUGACCGCGUCUUGCUCGAUGCCCCUUGCACCGGUACAGGCAUUAUCGCAAAGGAUCCUGCCGUCAAGAACUCCAAGACCGAACGUGACUUCCUCGCCAUCCCACACAUGCAGCGCCAGCUUCUUCUCGCCGCUAUCGACUCCGUCGAUCACUCCUCGAAAACGGGCGGAUACAUCGUCUACUCCACCUGUAGUGUAACGGUCGAGGAGAACGAAGCCGUCGUCCAGUACGUCCUGCGCAAGCGUCCCAACGUGAAGAUCGUCGACACCGGUCUCGGUGACUUUGGAAGCCCUGGUUUCAAGGAAUACAUGGGCAAGCACUUCGAUUCCAAGAUGACCAUGACCCGCCGCUACUUCCCUCACCGCGAGAACGUCGACGGUUUCUACGUCUGCAAGCUGAAGAAGACCGGUCCCAGCCCCAAGGACAAGAAGGCCGAUGGCGAAGCUACCUCCAAACCCAAGACCUCUGAAAGUCGCACCACUGCCAAGUCCGACGACGAAGAGUCCAUCGACAAAACCCCCAUCGUCGACGAGGACGGUGCCGUCGUGGAAAUGGAGGGCGGAUCUUUCGGUCCUUUCGAAGAGAACGACGACACCGAUCGCAUCGCUCGUGCUGAGCGCAACCGUCUCCGCAGAAAGGGUAUCAACCCCAAGGCCGUCCUAAACAAGCCCACCAAGAAAUCCAAGUCCGAGGCUGAAUCCGCAGACGAAUCCAAGGACUCCGACUCACCAGCCCCGGAACAAAAGACGUCCACUACCACACCCGAGAAAGCAAAAACCCAGAAGAACACCAAGACCCAAGAAUCUACUCCCGACAAGAAAUCCAAGGCUCAAGAAGGCUCCACCCCUGAAAUGAAGAAACCCAAAGCUCAAGCUUCAGCUACAUCGGACAAGAAGAAGGCUAAGAAGUCGAGCAAAUAGUUAUGAUCUUUCUUCAUCUACUAUAUAAUACUUGUGUAUAUUUCUUCUUCCCACAGCUGGAUUUCUAACAUGGUUUGUUGACUGAAUGAAAUAC